AUGAUGGUUGAUCUCAAUUAUGAUGAGUUGGACCAGGAGCCAGAUGAAGAAAAAGGCGUAGAGGAGGCGUGUAGUGAACCUCACCAGUUGGAAGCCCCUUCAAAUUUCCGCAUGUUUCAAGGGGUGGAUAUAGACUACUUAUGCGCCCUCGAGGAGGCAUUUAUCAACCUGAAGCUUCAACUCAUCAUGGCCAAGGCAAGGGCCACGCGAGCCGAGCGAAAAGUAGAGGUAAUCACCCAAGAGGCGGAUGAACUGACUGAACUUCUGGUGCGUCACAUCGACGAUUGA